ACCAAGGGAGGGAGCUGGUCGGAGGGAUGCACACCGUCACGUUUCCCAACAGAAGCCUCGUCGGCGUUCAAAAGCAGCAGCAGCAGCACAUCGCCGCCAACCAAUCGCCAUUCCACGGCAAAGAUGGAGCUUCUUUAUCAUGUGUUUCCAACAAAGACAUUUUUCCAGGCCUCUGUUUCAAGUAUUCGAUUCGAAGGAAAUAGAAAAGGACGUAUUCGGAGAAAUGCGCCUUCAGAUAACAAUGGAAAAGGGAUUGACAAAACCAAAUCUUCUAGCCAGGAGGAGCUAAUUGCAUUGUUUAGAAGAAUACAGUUAUCUAUCUCUAAAGGAGGAUCACCUGUUUCUAAGAAAAGAACACCUAGUAAACCAAUAGACGAACAAUCAGCUGAGUCAAUUCUUGGAGCUCUACGUCGACAUCCUGUAAGGAAACAAGUUAAAGAUAAAACAUCAGUGCAAGAAGAGAAUGCAGUUUCAAUCAAAUACGAAGAUAAAGAUGGAGAUAAACUUGAAACUAAUGCGGCAUUACCUGGACAUGGAGAUGAACCAGAACUUGAAGCAAAAGAAAGUAGUUUGGCACCUGAGAUUCCAAAAGUGUCUAGACCUUCCUCAAAUUUUGUGAAGAGAUCACCAAUUCCAAAACCUUCAUCCAAAAAUAAUAGUGAAGAGGUGUCUGAGGAGCAAGUGAUUCCAGUAACUGCAAAACAAGUGUUGGAACUGCAGAAGAUUGAUGAAAUGAAGCUUCCUGAGCUGAAAGAAAUAGCAAAAACAAGAGGAAUUAAAGGGCAUUCAAAACUAAAGAAGGGGGAACUGUUAAAACUGUUGAAGGAGUUGGUGCAAUGAGUUAGAACUUAAAGAGCUUUUUUGAUGACUUGAAGAUUAGUGAUUGUUACUGAGACUGAGGUUUUCUUGUUUGUUUGUUCUUCUUUUUGAGAACUCUUGUUUUGUCACUAAUUGUUUAGAUUCUUUCACCUAUUUCAUAAUUUAUCAAAGUUUGUCUUUACGGCUAUAUGAACUGAUCUGCACAU